AUGCAGAGUGUCUUCUCGGCCAUGAUCCAUAUACCUUUUAAACUUGGAACACGCUGUGGAAAUCAUGUUUUGAGUUUUCAAGUGAUGCAUUUCUGCUGGUUUACGUGUUUAAGACUUGUUUCCUUGUUUACUGACUUUGUGAGCACAGGGAAGAUGGACCCUUCGUUCAUGGCUCAAUCCCCAGGGCUUAAAGUCGCUCGGAUCACCAACUCUCCUACUCCUGCUGUGCAGAUUCCCAAGAGCAAGGCCGGCGAGGCCACCAAAGUGGCUAUUGACGCAGGUUUCCGUCACAUCGAUGCGGCCUACUUCUAUCAAAAUGAGGAGGAGAUCGGGGCAGCCCUCCGAGAGAAGAUUGCCGAUGGCACUGUGCAGAGAGAGGACAUUUUCUACAUCAGCAAGCUUUGGGCUACUUUCCUUCGACCAGAAUUGGUUCGACCAGGGCUGGAAAGGUCACUGAAGAAGCUUCAGCUGAGCUACGUGGAUCUCUUCCUUAUUCAUAUGCCGCUCGCUCUGAAGCCUGGGGAAGAACUUCUGCCAAAGGAUGCCAAUGGGGACAUUAUCUUAGAUACAGUGGACAUUCGUGACAUAUGGGAG